AUGACGGACAUUGUGAAGUGCAAUGAAUGUAAUAUAGUGAUAAACGCAAUGUUAUCGUAUAUUCAGAAUAAAAUAUCUGUAAUAGACGAAGAAUCCUUAGUGAGAAUUUGUGUAUCGGCAUUUACGACCGACGAAAUAAAAAAGUCGAAGUCAUUGUUAUUUAAUGCGGUACCGGCAGAGCGAAGACAAAUCCAGAGAAAAAGAAAAGGGAAAGAAGGGCGUGACAUGGAGGACAUCAUAAUGCUAUUUAAAUCGACAGACCCUGAAAUAAUUCCGGUGUUUGUUGCGAAGCAAUUAGAAAAACUACCCCCAAUCACGUUCGAUCAUCUUGACUGCACAAAAUUACUAAAAGAUUUGACAAGAAUGUCGGCGGAGAUUGAAAAUAUUAAAACUACUUAUGCUACGGUAAACCAAGUAGAGGAACUAAAGCGUGAUUUAAAUCAGAGGUUUUUGACGUCUAUACCUGCAACUCCCUGUUUCAGUAAUAUAAAUGUGAAACGUGGCGCGUGGGGCAGAAAUAGUGGCCCUAUGGGCAUAUCACAAUUUCAAAACUCAACGCUAAAUGAGUCACGAAAUUUAAUGACAUCUGUAUGCGAAUCGAACAAAAAUGAACUGCAAUAUCGAAGCAUCAAAGCUUGUAGUAUUGAGAGCGCGGGUAAACAGUCGCCGCCGCCGCCGCAGUCUACUUUGACUGUGAGUUGCGAUGAGGUACCGAACAGCGGGGCCGGUUUAGUGACUCACGCGUCGAUAGAAACUCAACAAGAGAAUUAUUUGUGCCCUGAACAGCUGACCGACGUCAAUACGGUACCGUGCGAUAAUGAGUAUGUGGGUCCUUGGCAAAUGAAAACUAGAGGCAAAAAUAAAUUACGUUUCUCAGGAAUGACGGGUCAAGCAUGUGAGGAUGACAAAUUUAAGGCAGCUGUAAGGUUUACACCUAUUUUCAUCAGCAAUAUACACAAUGACACAAACAAGACAGACAUCGUUGAGUAUAUUUUGAAAAAAACCCAGGAGAGGGUGGAGUUAGAGAAGAUAUCUAUAAAAAAACAUAAUAACCACUUAGCAUACAAGUUUGUUGUGCCGGAGAAUAAGUUGUCUUUAUUCUUAGAUGAUAAAAUAUGGCCCCGUGGUAUUAUUUUUAGGCGUUUUGUAAAUUACAAACAUCGCCAC